GCAGGUGAUGAGGAUGGGAAUCGAUGUGUACAACGAGGAGUGUCGCAGCAUCGUCAUGCGCUACUCGUCCGAGUGGCGCGACAUCAUCACGCGCGUGGGCCGUUGGAUCGACUUUGACAACGACUACAAGACGUUGGAUGCGGGGUACAUGGAGUCGUGCUGGUGGGUGUUCUCGCAGCUGUACGCCAAGGGGCUGGUGUACCGGGGCUUUAAGGUCAUGCCCUUCUCCACCGCCUGCAACACGCCGCUCUCCAACUUUGAAGCCGGCCUCAACUACAAGUCCCUACUACUCUCAUGUUUCCUCCCUCAUCAUACUGCAUCCCCUCUCUCAUAUCCCACUCACCCGCUCUCUCUCCCGCUCACCACCCGGGGAGCACAGGACGUGUCGGACCCAGCGGUGGUGGUGACGUUCCCGCUGCACGGGGACUUGGACGGGGCAGCGCUGGUGGCGUGGACCACCACGCCCUGGACGCUCCCCUCCAACCUCGCGCUCUGCGUCAACCCCUCCUUCUCCUACUGCAAGGUGCGCAACCGUGACACAGGUGCCGUGCUCAUGCUCGCCCAGUCCCGCCUCUGCGCCCUGCCCGGCCGCAAGAAGGCCAAGGGGGAGGCAAAGGUGGAGGCAAAGGUGGAGGAGAAGGCAGCAAGGGAGGAGAAGGGAGGCAAGGCAGGUGGCGGAGACAAGGGGAAGGGCGGCAAGGGAGGGGGGAAGAAGGGCGGAGGCAGCAAGGAGCAGAGCGGGGGGGCGGCAGCAGGGGGGGGCGGGGCAGUGGAGGGGUUGGAUGAGUCGCUGUAUGAGGUCAUCGCCACCGUCACUGGCGCCGACCUCGUGGGGCUCACCUACGAGCCCAUGUUUCCGUACUACAAGGAGGCCAUGCCCUCUGCGUUCCGCGUGGUGGCGGAUGGCUUUGUGACGGACGACAGCGGCACGGGUGUGGUGCACUGCGCGCCUGCCUUUGGGGAGGACGACUACCGUGUCUGCCUCGCCUCUGGGAUUAUCGGCAAGGGCGAGGCGAUACCGAAUCCAGUGGAUGACGAUGGGCGGUUCACGGACAAGGUGGCGGACUUCAAGGGGCAAUACGUCAAGGAUGCUGACAAGCCCAUUCUUGCCAUGCUCAAGGAGGCGGGGAGGGUGGUGAGUGUGGGGAGCAUAAUGCACUCCUACCCCUUCUGCUGGCGCUCCGACACGCCCCUCAUCUACCGCGCCGUGCCCAGCUGGUUCAUAGCGGUGGAGGCGAUAAAGCCGGCACUACUGGAGAGCAACGCGGGCACGCAGUGGGUGCCCGACUACGUGAAGGAGAAGCGCUUCCACAACUGGCUCGAGAACGCGCGCGACUGGGCCGUCAGCCGCUCGCGCUUCUGGGGCACGCCGCUGCCCAUCUGGGCCAGCGAGGACUUCAGCGAGAUCCGGGUGGUGGGCAGCAUUGCAGAGCUGGAGGCGCUGGGCGGUGAGCAAGUGACGGACCUGCACCGGCACAAGAUCGACCACAUCACCAUUCCCAGCAGCAAGGGGGCGGACCACCCAAGGCUCAAACGCAUUGAGGAUGUGUUUGACUGCUGGUUUGAGAGCGGCAGCAUGCCGUACGCGUACAUCCACUACCCCUUUGAGAACAAGGACCUCUUUGAAAAGAACUUCCCCGGCCACUUCAUCGCCGAGGGGCUCGACCAGACCCGCGGCUGGUUCUACACGCUGAUGGUGCUGUCCACCGCGCUCUUCAACAAGCCAGCCUUCCGCAACCUCAUCUGCAACGGGCUCGUGCUGGCGGAGGACGGCAAGAAGAUGAGCAAGCGCCUGCGCAACUACCCGCCGCCCAUGGACGUGGUGGGGUCGUACGGAGCGGACGCGCUGCGCCUCUACCUCAUCAACUCGCCCGUCGUGCGCGCCGAGCCCCUGCGCUUCAAGAAGGAAGGCGUCUUCGCCGUGGUGCGCGACGUGUUCCUCCCAUGGUACAACGCGUACCGCUUCCUCGUGCAGAACACGCUGCGCCUCACCGCCGAGGGGCUGCCGCCCUUCCAGCCAAUGACGGCGCGCCAGCUGGCGGAGAGCAGCAACGUGCUGGACGUGUGGAUCCACUCAGCCAGCCAGAGCCUGGCGGCAUUCGUGCGCGCUGAGAUGGAUGCGUACCGCCUCUACACCGUGGUGCCAUACCUGGUGCGGUUCAUCGACAGCCUGACCAACGUGUACGUGCGCUUCAACCGCAAGCGCCUCAAGGGCCGCACCUCCGACCACGACUGCCGCUUCGCGCUCUCCUCUCUCUUCCAUGUGCUGCUGAGGGUGUGCAAGGCCAUGGCGCCCUUCACGCCAUUCUUCACCGAGGCCAUGUACCAGAACCUCCGCAACGCCUUGCCGCCACGACCCCCCGCUGCGGACGGCGAGGCGGGGAAGGCUGCAGGGCUGGGGGGGGUGGCGGAGGACGAGGAGCAUGUGGAGUGGGCGGAGGAGUCGGUGCACUUCUGCUGCUUCCCCUCCUCCGACCAGCACGUGGACGAGCGCACGGAGCGCAGUGUGGAGAGGAUGAUGAAGGUCAUCGACCUCGCUCGGAACAUCCGCGAGCGGAACAACCGCCCGCUCAAGACGCCCCUCAGGGAGAUGGUGGUGGUGCACCCGGACGCCCAGUUCCUUGAAGACAUCACGGGCAAGCUGUGUGAGUACGUGCGGGAGGAGCUGAACGUGCGCUCCGUGCUGCCCUGCGCUGACACCAGCAAGUACACCUCUGUGCGCGCCGAACCUGACUUCAGUGUGUUGGGGAGGCGCGUGGGGAGGGCGAUGGGUGCGGUGGCGAAGGCGGUGAAGGAGAUGGACGCGGCGGCCAUCGCUGCCAUGCAGCUGGCGGGGGAGGUCACCGUCGCCGGCCACACGCUCUCCGCCUCCGACAUCAAGGUGGUGCGCGACUUCAAGGCGCCCGAGGGCAGUGUGGCGGGGGACAUGGACGCGGCGGGCGAUGGCGAGGUGCUCGUGGUGCUGGACCUGCGCGCCGACACCGACCUGCUGGAUGCCGGCACUGCGCGCGAGGUGGUGAACAGGGUGCAGAAGCUGCGCAAGCGGGCGGGGCUGGAGCCGUCAGAUGCGGUGGAGGCGUUCAUUCACGUGCAUGGGGGCGAUGGGGCUGACGGCACACACGGGGAGAAUGGCAAGGAGGGCGGUGACGGUGCUGAGGAGUCGGCGCUGCACCGCAUUCUGGCGGCUCAGGCGGAGUACAUUCGGGAAGCAUUGGGGGCGCCGCUACUCUCUGCCCGCUACUGCCCCUCCCAUGCCGUGGUGCUGGCAUCAGAGCGGUACAGCGGGGUGGCGGGGGCCACCUUCACGCUCACGCUCACUCGCCCCGCUCUCUGCUUCUCGCCGUCCCUCACUGCUGACCUCUGCCACGGCGAUGCAGCAGCAGCCACGGCGGUGCAGGUGGCGCUCAUGGCUCGCGACCCCGCCAAGCUCAAGGCCGAGAUGGCCGCUGCAGGCGGCAAG